GGACAAACAAAAGGAGGCUAUCAAUUACGCGGGCUGUGGGCGACGCCUCCCGAGGUGGGAGCGACCAAUCUGAGGGCUUUCGCUGCAUAUCAAAGUAAUCUGGUUAAAUGCGAACCAAAGGGAUCUAAAUAUUCAUUCUGUCAAAACAGCUUGCUUCUGUGGUUAAAUACUUCACACCUAGUGAAAGCUCAGGUUAGCGCCGCGUCGCGUUCCUGCCGGAAAAUGAGGCGCGUAAGGUAAUUUUUCGGAAGCUGCCGGUGGAUCGGUCCGUGCGAACGGUGCGUUUUAUUCGAUAUAAUCAUUCGUACAUUUUUGUUGAUGUGAUAAACAUGUGUCCGGUACGGUGAUGAUGGAGGAGAAUUGCACUAUGAGGCCCUGUGCGACAGACUUUAGCAUCGCCGCUAUAAUGUCGCGGCACGGCAGAGCGAGGACUUCUCGGUGUCGGGAUCGCGAACCGCCGGAUACAUUGGCUCCGCUCGAAAAGUUCGUAGACACAUCCCCUUCGGUAGCUUCGACGCCGGAACUAAUGGGCCUGGAUUGCACCAUCGUGAGCGCCGACAACGAGAGCAGCGGCCGGGACUCCCCCGUGGACGUGUCCUCCACGUCGGAAUCCGGAGCCCCAGCUCAGUCCCAAUCGAGCGGCAGGAGAUCGCGAUCGCCCACCAGGAAUCCCCUUCUGCUGGAGAAGUGCACCAGCGAGGACCUGAGGAACGUUACCUGCCAUUUGGAGACCAAGGAGCUCUGGGACAAGUUUAACGAUCUCGGAACCGAGAUGAUCAUAACCAAGAGCGGAAGGCGCAUGUUUCCCACGGUGAGAGUUUCCUUUACUGGCAUCCGACCAGACCAAAAAUACGCAGUACUGCUAGACAUAGUUCCUGUAGAUAAUAAGAGAUACCGGUAUGCCUACCAUCGCUCCUCGUGGCUGGUAGCAGGAAAGGCGGAUCCGCCGGCGCCUUGCAGGAUAUGCUCGCAUCCAGAUUCCCCGUUUACCGGCGAACAGCUCAGGAAGCAGGUGGUGUCGUUCGAGAAAAUCAAGCUGACUAACAACGAAAUGGACAAACACGGGCAUUUAGUUCUCAACUCGAUGCACAAGUACCAGCCGAGGAUACACUUGGUAAAACGGGGAGAAGGAGUCGUUGGACCGGUCACGGACUUGGAAAAUGAGGAAUACAAGACUUUCAUUUUUCCCGAAACCAUAUUCACGGCGGUUACGGCUUAUCAAAAUCAAUUGAUAACGAAGCUGAAAAUUGACAGCAAUCCAUUUGCCAAAGGUUUCAGGGAUUCGUCUAGACUCACCGAAUUCGAAAGUUUUUGCGAUUACAGGGAAACGAUGGAGUCGAUGCUAGCGGAGCAGCACUACUUCCGCUCGCCGCUGCGCCCCUUCGCCGACAUGGACACCCACAACAACAACCUGUCCCUCGAGGAGAAGGCCAUCCUGGCGGCGCGGUCGCAGCUGUUCCUGCGCGCCGCCGCCGCCGCCGGCCCCUACGGGCCGCUGAUGGGCGGCAUCUACGCGGGAGCGGGCGCCGCGCAGGGCGCCGCCGUGCCGCCGGGCAUCCUGUGGAACCAGUGGGCCUGCCUGGGCCCGUCGCUGCUGGCGGCGCAGCACCAGCACCAGCUGGCGGCCGCCGCGGCGGCCGGUUCGUCGCAGCUGCCGUCGCCGAUUUCGCCGCUGGCGCGGCCGCUCGCCCAGCACCGGUUCUCGCCGUACACGCCGCCGCAGCGGUCGUCGCCGGACACGAGCUUGAGGGACGAAAGGGAGUCGCCCAAUAGCCCUUCGUGAAGAUAUUUAUGUGAUAUCUAGUGUAAUUUUGCUUUAAUGGUACUGCGAUAUGAUCCAAUCGAUGAAAUCGUUUAUAGUAAAAUUUUCGCGUGUACCUAACUAAAAAUUUACUGGUAAGAAAAUGUCAUUCCUAUAUGUUUUUGAUAUAAAACAACUAUAAGGAAUAUCUGCUUUGUAACGUUUUCUUGAUUGGAUUAAUAUUUUCUUAUUUUAUUGGUGACAGUUAGUGGAUUUCGUUGAAAAUGAUUCCACGUCCACAAAAAUCAAUCGAUGCAUUUUUUACACAACUUAAGCGUUUAGGUGGACUAUAAAUCCGAAAUUUUAAAUUAAAUCCUCGCGACAAAGUCUCCGAUGUUAACUGCACCUUCUAUUUUUAAUAUACCUACAGUUAAAAAACGACAAAACGAAGCUAACUUCUUGUACAAUAUGUCUAUAACUCUGUAUAUAAAUAUAAGUAUAAUUUAUUUUAGAUUAAUGUUAGUUCAUAGGCUUCAUCGUGUACAUCAUCGGGUGGAACAUUAAGCGAGAGACAUCAUUUAUUUUGUCUUUGACGAACUUCCUUGUGUAGAACGCCAGACAAGAACCGUUGACUGACAUGAUGAGGCUGAACUGUGGAAUGAUUACACUUCCUCACCCCGGUAAAAUACCAUCGUCAAAACAAAAUCUUCUAUAUAAACUACAGGGCGAUUCAUUGAUGCACUGACAUUCAAUAAGACUCAAUAAAAUUUGUUGUUCGUUAUUUAUUAAUUAGCAUCUAAACCUGAAUAUGAUUCAAAAAAAUGUGUCUUUGUUUAAUUAAGUGAUCUCAAUGAAAUGUUUUACUGGGGUUGAAAUAUGGACCUGACAAAUAUUUAAUUCGUAGUAUCUAAGUAUUAUAUUAAAUGCUUGUGUACAAAAAGUACUGUAUAAUUUCUGAAAAUAAUGUUAAUUUUUAAGCACCUUAUCUUACACCUGACGCAUACGAGAGAUUAGGGUGAAAUGUUAAAUGUUAUUUUUCAUAACGCAACUAUGUCAAUAUUUUGAAAAUAUGUCUGAACACUGAUCGAUUUUGUUUCAUUGUGUAAAAUACUGUGGAUAUGAACAAAAAUUAAAGUUGAUUUUAAA